AUGGCGCCAUUGGAAGUUAUUGGAGCAGGAUUUGGUAGAACAGGAACUGAUAGUCUUCGCACUGCUUUGAACAUGUUGGGAUACAAGACACACCAUAUGAAAUCAUUCUGGGAGGACCAGGAAAUGAACCCUGAUGAUUUCUAUGAAGCGUACAUGCACAGGGAUCAAGCUGACUGGGACAAGAUAUAUGCCAACUACGAUGCCGCUGUAGAUUGGCCCACGGUUACAUUUUACAAGGACUUGAUCGCCAAGUAUCCUGAAGCCAAGGUGUUGCUUACCGUGCGCAGUGCUGAGAGUUGGUAUAAAUCAGCCAAAAACACCAUCCACAAAUCUGCUUCCGUAGGCUUAACAGCUCCUGGCGAUUCACCCAUGGCAAGAUUCACAAGAAUGACGACUACUGUCUGCUUGGAUGGUCUUUUUGCAGAUAAGGAGGCAUUCGCUGAUGAGGAAAGAGUCAAAAAGAUUUACUUGGAUCACAUUGAAGAUGUCAAGAAGACUGUACCUGCUGAAAGACUCUUGAUCAUGGAGCUUGGUGAAGGAUGGACAAGAAUGUGCAAUUUCUUGGGAAAAGAGAUCCCAAAGGAGCCUUACCCAAGCACAAAUUCUACUGAAGAGUUUAGUAGGAUGAUUAAAGCUUUUGAGGAUAAUCCUGAAACACGUACUCUUCCUGAUCAUUGUUGGAGCAAAUAA